AUGAGUCCGCAGACAAUUUCCGUUGAUAUUCAAUCCAAAUGGGAAUCUGCACAUCCCUUUGAUCAGAUUUUGUACUAUAUCAACGACAGACAUCAACCUGCACUCAAACAAUUUUUCCUUGCAGCAACUGAUGGAAACAAACUUCCAGAAGAAUCUGUAAUUAAUAAAAUAUUAAAACCAUUCAUUCCUUAUUCAGAUUUACUUCAAAUGAAAUCUUAUAUCAAGUUAGGUCACUAUUUCCAACGUUCUGUUACAUUCAAAUCGAUGGCACGUACUUCAGAACUAGUGUUAAUCACUGGUGAGACACCUUCUUUCCAACACAACUUCAAAUUUGUUCAUCGCGAGCACCAACAAGUGAAUCCGUAUGAUAUCAUGUUUGGAAACUCUCGUACAAUUGUUUAUGCAGAUCUUUCAAAUACAGAAGCACUCUCAUUUGUUCGCUCUUUGCUUGAAAAUAAAAAUGAAUUCGUUUUACGUCCAAUUUCAAAGACAAACGAGCCAAAUCAGAAGCUUACAGCAUUCUCUGCCACUGCUAUCAUGGUAGAUGCUCCAAAGAACGCUUCCGCAGAUGAUAAAGUUUAUAACGAAUCAAAUAUCGAUGAUUUCGAUCUGAAAUUAACACAGUACAUCAUUGAUUCAAAGAAGCAAAUACCAGCCACCCUCAAGGACAUUACAAACAACUGGCCAAAAGUUAUUCGCGAAAUUGAGAAUAUCAGACCAACAUCAUCAGCCAAUAGGUCAUUAAAUGCAAUCCGUGACUUCCUUGCCAGACAAGGAACCCUUGCAUCUGCCAUAAAUGGCCGUACAUUCAUGUUUGAUAAAAAUGAUCCACACGAAAUCCUCAAUAUCAUCAACCAAGAGACAAUUUACAAUAAGAUAUUGACAGAAGAACUCGGAUUGAGCAAGAACUUGUCCGAAAGAAUAACUUCUACCUCUAUUGAUCUGAAAAAUAAUUUUAUUCUCGAUUACAGGAACGACGCCGUCAAAUGGCUUAACGAUGUCGAAACUGACGUAAGCCACGCUACAUGGUCGACCUCCGUUCAGGAGUUAAUUCGUCCAAAUCCAAGAAUCCGAAAGAAUCUCAUUAAUUUUGUCGUUUACGCCGAUCCAACAACGACACAAGGCUUCACACAGAUCUUCUCCAUCGCUCCAUUGAUCCGUACGAACCUUCCGAUUCGAUUAGGUUUAGUUCCAAACUUUAAUCUCAAAAACAGACUUCACAGAAAGGUCGCAUUCGCCUUCCACCAUAUUGCCAAGCAGUCAGAGACCAGCGCUUUCGUGUUUUUGAUCGAUGCUUUCCAAAGAGCAGGAGUAAAUCGAACUUCCAAUACAAAGAACCCUAUGACUGAAGAGAUCUACGCAGCCUCUUACCAGAAAGUUAUCUCAAACAUGCAGGAUAUGCUUCCUUGGGAAAGAUUAUACGAAUUAUACUCCCCGAUUUCGGAAGAAUACCAGGAUAUCAAGGUUACAAGCGAAUACCUCAAGAGAUCUAAGGUUCCUUUCGGUUAUAUGACCAUGAAUGGAAAGAUUUUGGAUAAUUCCAAGAAAUUACCUGAACAUCUUGCAGAUAUGUUCCAUACAAUCUUCGAGUUAUGCACAGUUGAUGGCAUUAUGGACCUCCAAGGCGUCGAUAUCGUUCAAUUAUUAUCUCAGAAAUGGCCGGUCGUUACAGAGCUCGGCCAUCAGGUAUACGAGGAUGCUCCACAGGGUACGGGCAUCAUUUCUCACGGAUACGAUGUCCAGAAAGACUUCGUAGAUUUCGUAAUAAAACAAGAUAACUUCGAAGGUCCUCAGAAUCCACUCGGUUACACCAUCUUAUUCUGCGAUAAAUCAGCAGAUACAACAGUAUUUACAGACGUAAUGUCAAAAGACAGGUACUUAUCUCACGCAAUUAACCCAGUUUUACCUGGCAAGCUCAAUAUGCUCUUUAACUACAAGCCAGAAGAACUCCCAGUCAUUGUAAUCAAUGGCCGUGUCUUCCGCCAUGUAAAUCUUACAGAUGAUAAGUUCCUCGAAGACAUAAUGAACUGGGGAAGCCAUUUCAUCAACCACUUCAAGCUCCAGUUACAGAGAGUUACAGGAAGAUUCGCCGCUUUCGCUUAUUCUACGACAAUGGCCAUGGAUUUCGUUGCUGCCGGCAUUCCAAGAAUCCUCCUUCCAGAUCUCGCCCAGGAAUCACAGUUGGUAUACGUAGAUAAGGAUAAUACUGAUGCUUUGUCGUGGAAGAUUUUGGCAGAUCCGACAAGAGGCAAUUUCCAGCAGUGCAUCGACAUGAUCAACUAUAUUUCACAGAAAGGACUUGCAAGAAUCCAGUUAAUGGUCUUGCCUCCGCAUAGAAUCAAUGAAAUUGACUUAAAUGUCAUCAGAAGGUUCUACAGAACAGCUCUUGGCCCACAGAAGCUCACAUUCAAGUUCUUUGAUACAGAAUACAACUACACAAUCAAACCAAUUCCUCCUUCAACGUAUUCUAUCGAGAAAAUUUACUCAGAUUUCGAUGAUGAGUACGUAACAGUCAAUGGAAUUGAUGAUGGCGACUUAGUUGUAUCAUACGGUAUCAAUGGAUUCGUUUCUUCCGGUACAUCAAAGUUCGAAUUACCUAAUUUCAUGGAUGUUGCAGAACUAGAGAUCGUCGACACUUCAGAUGAAUCCUCUGUAAUCGAGACAUUCGUUGACAUCCAUGGUUCUUGGAAUGCGAUCACUUCACCUGGCCAAUUUUACGUAAGAAUGAGAAAUAAUCGUUCACCUCACAAAGUGGCCGGUGAAUCAAUUUUUGACACUGCAGUCAGUUCUAAAAACGAUGUUAACUGUCCACUCAAGAACGGCACAGAAAUGAUGUACGAGAUGAAUUACAGUGGCAGCACAGAAGACAUUAAUAUAUUUGUUGUUACUGGUUCUAAAAUACACGAAAAGUUAACAUUGACUAUGUUACUUUCCGCCAAAGAAUUUUCAGAUGGAAAGAAGAUAAAUGUCUGGAUGAACAAAAACGAUUUGAGUCCAGAGAUGAAAUCAAUUCUUCCAAAGUUCUGCGAAGAGAAUGGAAUGAGUUUGAAUUUGUUUGCAAAGAAAUGGCCGGCAUCAUUAAUGACACCAGAAAAUCCUGAUUUCUCUGUCGGAGCUAGAAGAAUUGCAUUGUUGGAUAUGAUCUUUCCAAUUGAAAUCGGAAGAGUUUUCGUUGUUUCUCCUGAUACUAUUUUCACUGAAUCACUCAAUGAAAUGGUCGAAGGACUCAAUGAAACAAGUGUUUUCUACAUCCCUCAUUUCACAAAAUUCAUGGAAUCUUCUGUUCCUGACAUUCCAACGAAGAUUAAAUUCACUGACAAAACAUAUGCUCCACAAGUAAUUGUUGCUAAUAUGAAUAUUUUGAGGAAACAAGUUAUUAUCUUUGAUGCAAUAAGAAGACAGAUAUUGAUUGAUGUGUUGAGAUCUUCAAUUCCUUCUCCUGACUUCGACAUCUUGAAUAUGUUGGGUCAGUUGCUUCAGUUCGCUCCAACAAAGAAGAAAGUUUAUUGCCCUGAAUAUUGCGAAAUAGAAGAUUACGGAGCUGUUUCUCUCUGCAAGAGUCCUUCAAAGAUAAUGAGGAUGUCUUUGGAUGAUGUUGCUGCAAGAUACGGUGAAACAAUGCAGAAAUAUUUGAAUGAAAUAUCUAAGUUCAAAGCUGAAAAAGAUGAUUAUAUUAAAGUUUUCUUGAAAUAA